GGUGAAAAUCCGUGAAUGGGGUACGUUGUAUUGUGUAGGGUGUGAGUGCAUGGGACCCGUGUGCAAUCAGAGUAGAGAGAGAUUAAAGAAUAACUUCAACGUCACGACACUGUGGGAUAGUAAAAGACAGCUAGCAAUGAACACGGAGCAUCACCUAACGUUGUUGCCCAUCACAUUUUUCUUCUUUUCUAUCACACUACUUUUGUUUUUCUUCUUCUCUUCCCUUCUAAGUUCUUACUUCUUAUCACUCUUUUAAGGCUUCUUCACUCCUCUCUCUCUUUUCAAAACCCUCUCUUAUUUCCUCUUUCUGAACAUUACUGUACUUUGUUGUCAUCAUGGAGAAGAAUAGCUACUAACGUUGUUCAGACUUUGGAGCUUCCUUUGUUUGUUUGUUGUCUCUUUCUGUGUUUCAGGUUUGGAUUUUGAAAUUGUUUACGCAUUGCCGAUAGGUUUGCUCAAAGUAAACUAAAGGGAAAUAGAAAAAGGAAAAUGAUCGGAAACUUCAUCGACGACAUUGACUGCGGCAACUUCUUCGACCACAUCGACGACCUCCUCGAAUUCCCCGACGACGCCGCCGCCGCUGACACCUCCGCCGCCGCUCCUGUCCCUCCACCGGCGAACUUCUGGUCCGCCGAGUCCGACUCGCUCCCCGCCACCGACACGGUGUUUUCCGACAACUCCGUGACGGACCUCUCGGCGGAGCUCUCUGUUCCGUAUGAAGACAUUGUGCAAUUGGAAUGGCUGUCCAAUUUUGUUGAGGACUCUUUCUCUGGUGGGAGCAUGACCAUGAAGAAAGAGGAGCCACAAUGCACCACCACCAAGGAGGACAUAGCUCCUGCCCAGUUCCAGACAGCAAGCCCAGUAUCAGUCCUUGAAAGCAGCAGUUUCUGCUCUGGCGAGAAGGCUGGCACGGAGAUUAAAAUCUCCGUGCCAUGUGGACGCGCGCGCAGCAAGCGCCCGCGUCCUGCAACCUUCAACCCCAAUCCAGUGAUGCAGCUCAUCUCCCCUGCAUCCUCCACUGGUGAGAACACGCAGCACAACGCUGCCAACACCUCCAAGGCAUCAUCGGAUUCCGAGAAUUUCGCUGAGUCGGUGAUCAAGGCUCCUAAGCAGGCCUCUGGGGAGCACAAGAAGAAAAAGAAGAUCAAAGUGACUUUCCCAUCAGGUCAAGAGCGGAAUGCACCAUCACAGGCAAUUAGGAAAUGCUUGCACUGUGAGAUAACCAAGACACCACAGUGGAGGGCAGGGCCAAUGGGGCCGAAAACACUCUGCAAUGCUUGUGGCGUGCGCUACAAGUCAGGCCGGCUUUUCCCCGAAUAUCGCCCUGCAGCGAGUCCAACAUUUUGUGCGGCCAUGCACUCCAACUCCCAUAAGAAGGUCCUUGAAAUGAGGAACAAGACAGGCACCAAAUCUGGCUUUGCAACUGUUUCUGCUGCCUCACCAGAACUCAUUCCAAACACUAACAGCAGCCUUACCCUUGAAUAUAUGUGAAAGGGGGAAAGGAAGGAUUCUAGUUGGAGAAUUCUCUAAUUCUCUUUCAAGUCCUCUCUUGAGUCAUGUCUUAUACAAGGUUUUGAAUUGCAUUCUACAAACUGCAAUGUUAAAGGUUUUAGAGGUGUCUGCAACUGCGUUGUGGUUGCGGUUGUGACUGCAUCAGCCAUAUUUGUCCACAAUUUUGAUGGCAACCGCAAGUUAAAACCUUAGUCUUUGUGUUAUUUCUUGUCUGUCAUUUAUUUUUCUCAUUGGAUUUUUGUACAGGGCUGGAAUGAGGGGAUAGGAGCAAAAUAGAACAUGAUCAUAUUGUAGCUAUAUUUAGAACUGAAGAACAAGGGAUAGAGAUAUGCAAGUCAAAGAGGGUAGAGUCACCAGAGUGUUAGCCAUUUUAGGUCUAGUAAUUGUAGCAGUACUCAGGAGGAGUCUUUGUUACUUUUCUUAUUCUCAUCAUUUUUCAUUUUUUUUUCUUUAAUUUCUGUUUCUAAAUAUCCCUCCCUGUAGCAAAUUCUUUUUGCUGUUCAUUUGUAGCAAAACUUAUGAGUUGAUCAGGAAAGGAACUUUUGGAAUUUGCCUUCUUCCUUUUAA